UUCAGACUCCAGCGAGCCGCUGCUGCGGUUCCCCGACACGCGGAGUGUCCCCGCUGCGGGCUCAGCAGCUUCAACUCGACUCACUGUCUCACCUCGGCCUUGUUUGCUCGUCGGUUUAGCCUCGUCACGGGCUAACGUUAGCAUUGGCUCAGCCGAAGAGUCCGCACGGCUAACGGGCUAGCUGCUACUUUAGUUAGCUUCGGUUUAAAAAAGUUCGGUGCAGACAGAUCUGAAGAUGUCGUCGGGCGCUCUCUUUCCAAGCCUGGUGAGCGGCUCCAGAGGAAGCUCCAGCAAGUAUCUGGUGGAGUUUCGUGCUGGUAAAAUGACCCUGAAGGGAAACGUAGUGACACCAGACAAACGUAAGGGCACGGUGUACGUCCAGCAGUCCGACGACUCCCUGAUUCACUUCUGCUGGAAGGACAGGACAUCUGGCAAUGUUGAUGAUGACCUGAUCAUCUUCCCCGAUGACUGUGAAUUUAAGCGUGUGAGCCAGUGCACCACGGGACGUGUCUAUGUGCUGAAGUUUAAAGCCGGAUCCAAGAGACUGUUCUUCUGGAUGCAGGUGAGAGGAAGAUGCUCCUCGUGCUCUUUAAACAGAAGAACUGGAGACUGUGUGAAUGAAUGA